AUGAAGGAUUCCGGCAGCAUCCGCCUACUGGCAAAAGGCGAGCUGACAGGUCAGAGAUAUGGGGAGACACCAUACCAGUUGUACGAGUCCACCGAUGGGCUCACGAGAGAGCAGCUUGAGCAAGCUCCCUACUUUUUCGUGUGGCUCCACGGCAUGGACAACGGCUCCAUCUCGUCGAAGUACUUGCAAACGAUGCAAGCAAGACUGAAGCACCGCGUGAUCUUUAUGGUGCCUCAAAGCCCGGCCGCGAAGAAUGACCUCCGCUUCGACUGGGGCUGCUGCUACUACAAGACCCAGAACAGGAACCAGCUAGGCUACGUCUUCGGCAACUUGCAUCAGGAGUUCCUUCGCGACUUCUCACAGCAGAUUGGCUUUCUGGCCUCGUUGUUUCAAGCUUCGCGUACCCUGGUGAUGGGGUACAGCAUGGGCGGCUUCGGUGCUUUCCAGGUGGGGGGAUUCUCCCCAGCCACCUUCGACGUGGUGGUCUCGGUGGCUGGCUACGGCCUCGGGACCCUGGAGGAAGGGGAGGAGACACCCCAGCCAGAAGCGCGCGAGCGCUUCGAGCAGUUCCUCGAGCAGGUAGCCACCCGCUUGGCAGACGUUCCCGUCGUGCUGGCGAUGCACGCGCAGACCCUUGGACAUGACUGCUGCGCCCCACGAGGUCAUGCAUUAAGAGCCACGAAAACAAGAAGCAACGAAGUAGAGCCCUGCGGUGUUUCGCUAGCAACUGCGGGCUCGUGUCUAGCUUUUAACGUUGCCAGCUCAAACUAG